CUGAUGUCGACUGUUUUGAUCUUUGGACACUGGAGCUUCUGGAGCUCGUGGGGAAUCGUGUUGGUCACCACCACCUGGAGGAAGAUGAGAUGAGAGAGACGUGAGGGGAGGAGGUCAUGCAGAACAAAGCUAAAUGUCCUGGUCCCUGGCGGGUUGGAGCUGGAAGUGGAGGUGUCGAUCAGGCGAUUGGAGACAGCUGGCAACGGUAUAACCUGACUAUAAGACCUGCCUCAUCCUCAUGGUGGACGGACAUCAUUCCCCUGGCAACACCGGGUGCUAGGCCAGCUUGGCUUUGUUGUGUAGUUUGGGUUAACAAAUUCUUAAGUAUUGACUAUUGCAACUCACUCCUCUAUGGCAUCAGCAACACCUCCAUCAAUAAACUACAACUGGUCCAGAAUGCAGCUGCCCGACUCCUCAACCACACCAAAUCAUGGCAUCACAUCACCCCAGUCCUGAAAGACCUUCACUGGCUCCCCGUCUCCCACCGGAUCUCCUACAAAAUCCUGACCCUCACCUACAAAGCCCUCCACCAACUUGCACCCCCCUAUCUCUCUGAACUCCUCUCCCCCUACCAACCUCAACGGUCCCUCAGAUCCACCUCAGCUGGUUUACUCUCCACCCCAAAGUCCAAACUCCGCAGCUUUGGGGACAGAGCAUUCUCCAGGGCAGCUCCCAAGCUCUGGAACUCACUCCCCAAACUCAUCAGAGACUCCGAUUCCCUCACCACAUUCCAGUCCCGCCUCAAAACACAUCUUUUCUCAUCUGCUUACCCGUAGCCGCCUCCUUCCCCCUACCCAUCAGUCCGUGUGUAUGUAUGUGAUUGUGCCUGUGUAUGUCGCCUGUUUUUGUCGUUCGUCUCCUGUCUGUCUCACACCGUUUUCCCCCCGAUUAUGUUAAGCGUCUUUGAGAUCACUAAAAAGCGCUAUAUAAAUCUAAUAUAUUAUUAAGUAGUCCUGGAAGCCUGUUUUUCCUAUUAGUUUACGUUGUUAACAUUCAUAUUUAUGUUACCCUUGUUAACAUCAUUCCAUUUUUGUUAAAUAAAUCUUUGUUUGUAGUUACUCCCUGCGUGGUUGCUUCCUCAUUUGUUGUGGCCUCAGAGCCGGGCCAUAACAAAUUGGGGGCUCGUCCAAUUUGAAAUAAGCUGUAAGUAGUAGUUUAAGUAGUUGUCAAUCAACAGGGUUUGUUGAUAAAACCAUUGAUUGUUGAUUUUAGAACAGAAACCUGUUCCUCAAGGACCCAUAUGGGUUAUGUGUGCUAUGUGUCAUCCAUG